AUGGCCUCUGUGCCUGUUGCUCUGGCACACACUGUCUUCAGUGAUUUCUAUGUCAACGGGGAAGCUCAGGGUGACGGUGUGGCUAUGCGUAUGAGCCCCAACCCCUCCACCGCCAGCAGCCCCAUCGCCAGCCUCGAUAGCGAUGACAUGGCUUGCAAUGUGGGUGGAACCAAGGGAGUAUCUCGUGUUCAGUCAGUCAAGGAUGGCUCUCUCCUCACCUUUGAGAUCCGCUCCUGGCCUGACGACCCUACCAAGGAGCGUUUGGACCGUGGCCACAAGGGUCCCUGCGCCGUCUAUCUGAAGAAGGUGAAUUCGGCCAUCGAGGACAAAGGCACCGGUGACGGCUGGUUCAAGCUCUUCGAUCAUGGUUACAACAAGGAUACCGAUCGCUGGUGCAGCGACGAGAUCAUUGACAACAACGGUCUCCUCUCCAUUAACCUUCCCAAGGGCCUGGAAGGAGGAUCCUACCUCGUUCGCCCCGAGAUCCUGGCCCUUCAUGCUGCCAACGCCGGAGACCCGCAGUUCUACACGGGCUGCGCGCAGAUCUUCUUGCAGAGCAGCGGAAACCUGGUUCCUGAGUCUACAGUGUCCAUUCCAGGCUAUGUCAAGUAUGGCCAGCCAGCUACGGAUUUUGACAUUUACAACACCGACAAUGCCAAGUACACGCUGCCCGGCCCUCCCAUCGCUAAGCUCGUCCCCGGUGGUACGCAGAUGGGCAAUGAAGCUCAGAUGGCUCAGACUGAGGGUCUCAAGCCUUCCGGUUGCCUGGUCGAAAACGCAAACUGGUGCGGUGUCGAAGUAUCCUCGUACAGCGAUGAGAAGGGCUGCUGGGCUUCUGCCGAGGAAUGCUGGACCCAGAGCAAGAAAUGCUACAGCACUAGCCCGCCCACUGGCAGCGCAGGAUGCGAGCUCUGGCAGACCAAGUGCAAGGGUAUUCAGACCGAGUGUACUGCGGGUAACUUCAACGGGCCGCCAAACAAGGACAAGGUUCUCACACCCAAGAAGGCAGUCAUCGAUGUCGGCAAGGUCAUGGCCGUGGUAGGCGGCGGUGCUGCGGAUGAGGACAAGAAGGAAACGGCACCACCUGCUGCGAACAAGAAAGACAAUGAGCCCGCCACACCCGCGAAGACUUCCUCUGCGGCACCCAAAUUCACGCCCAACAACAACAGCAACGACUCAUACGAGAACAAGCCCGAGCCAGAAAACGACUCCGACUCCGACUCCUCCGACUCCUCAGACAACAAACCAGCCCCCGCUCCCGCCCCCGCCCCCGCCAAAUCCUCACCCACAAACGCACCAGCCCCCACCGUCACUUCCACGCCCUCUGCAGACAAUGCGCCUGCGCCUACACCGGGCCCCGAGUGUCCCGAGGGCGUCCAGUGCGUCACCGUGACCCAUGUCGACGUUGUGACCAAGACUGUGUACGUGACUGCGUCUGCCGAGGGCUAUGGGAGUGGCAGUGGCAGUGGUAAUGCCAAGAGGGAUUUCAUGCAGAGGAGGCGUCGGGGUCAUCGUGUUUAG